ACAAAGCGACCCGGAAGCGCUGAACCAAUUGGAGGCAGGCAGAAAGAAUACCAAUCUUUAAUAAUAAAGCAAGACAAAAUCUGCAAUCGGGACAUCAGACCAACAAUGUGUGCUAAACUGUCUAGGCAUAAAACCUCUGGCAUAAACCUUUGGGAAUGGGGAUAAAGAAUAUUCAAGGAUGGCUGAGCCUCGGUUCAACAACCCCUACUUCUGGCCUCCGCCUCCCUCCAUGCCUGGCCAGCUGGAUAACCUGGUGCUCAUCAACAAGAUCAAGGAGCAGCUGAUGGCUGAGAAGAUCCGACCCCUGCACCUGCCACCCAACUCAGCCCCCUCCCAGCAAACCCUGCUGGUGGCUUCCUCCCCCUCAGACGGGGGGCAGCAGCAGCAUGGCAUGCCCAUGCCCAAGCACCAGCAGGGGCAGCACCACCCUCAGGGCUUGGUCCAGCAGCCCGACAUCGCCCUGCACGCCCGCCCAGCCUCCAGCUCUGUGCCAGUUAGAUCAGUUAACUUUAUUACCUUCAAUGUCGAUGAUGCAGACGUGAAUAUGGAUGACAAGUCAGCAGUGAAGGCCAAAGGACUGUGGGAUGAGUGGCACAUGCGACAGAUCGUAGAGCAGCCCUCUAGAGUUAACCAUCGGUCAGUCUUUAUGUGCCCAUACACAGGUCUGGCCCGGCCGGACGGCCACAGCACUUCCGAGGCCCUCACGCCCACCACACCCACCUCCAGCAGCCAGAACCGACUGGGAGGGGCCCCAUCGGUCAACAUCAUCUCCGGGCUGGCCAGUGGGCCUGGCAUGGAGCAGAUGAAGAACGGGGGCCUGGCCGGACUCCUCGGCCCUCCACCCAAGACACCCCGCGGGAGGAAGAAGAUCAAAGCGGAGAGCGGAGGGCCUCUUCUGGUGGUGCCCUACCCCAUCAUGGCCUCUGGCGCAGACCAGGGCUGCAUCACCUUCCCUGCCAAAGAGGGCAAAACGUACAGAUGCAAAGUGUGUCCGCUUACCUUCUUGUCCAAGUCGGAGAUGCAGAUCCACUCCAAGUCCCACACGGAGGCCAAACCCCACAAGUGUCCCCACUGCUCCAAGUCCUUUGCCAACGCGUCCUACCUGGCCCAGCACCUCCGCAUUCACCUGGGCAUCAAGCCUUACCACUGCUCCUACUGCGAGAACUCCUUCCGUCAGCUCUCGCACCUGCAGCAGCACACCAGAAUCCACACUGGUGACAGACCCUAUAAAUGCGCGGCCCCUGGAUGUGAAAAGGCCUUUACCCAGCUCUCAAACCUACAGUCUCACCAGAGGCAGCACAACAAGGACAAGCCGUACAAAUGUCCCAACUGCUACCGUGCCUACUCAGAUUCAGCAUCGUUACAGAUCCACCUGUCUACGCACGCCAUCAAAAACGCUAAGGCCUACUGCUGCAGUAUGUGUGGCCGGGCAUACACCUCAGAAACCUACCUUAUGAAGCACAUGUCCAAACAUACAGUGGUUGAGCACCUAGUGAGCCACCAGUCCCCCCAGAGGACAGAGUCCCCCAGUAUCCCAAUACGCAUCUCCCUCAUCUGAGCUCUCCACCCACACAGCAGUACUGUAUGUUGUUGUAUUCAUUUUCUAUGUAAGGCUGUAGUUUAGGAACCCUGCAUAUAAGGUCAUCAACACAAGGCCUACAUACAGUGCCUUUGGAAAGUAUUCAGACCCCUUGACUUUUUCCACAUUUUGUUACGUUACAGCCUUAUUCUAAAAUAGAUUUUUUAAUAGAAAUCCUCAGCAAUCUACACACAAUACCACAUAAUGACAAAUUUAAUACAGAUUUUUUGAAUUUGUAGCAAAUUUAAAUAAAAUAAAAAACAGAAAUAGCUUAUUUACAUAAAAGUAUUCAAACCUUUUACUCUUUUUAAUUAUUUUAUUUAACCUUUAUUUAACCAGGAAGGGCUCAUUGAGAUUAAAAUCUAGUUUUCAAGAGCGCCCUGGCCAAGAUAGGCAGCACCAAGUCAUUACAAAAAAAAUUGACAGACAGACAACAUGAAAAACUACAAGUAAUCUAGUAAAAACCAUUGAAUUCACAAGAGUAUAAAACAGCAAAUUAAAAACAUUGACAGGUCAGGGAAUCAGCCUCAAAAUCCUUCAUCAGUGAUUUAAAAACACCAUUCGGGACAAGUUCUUCCAGUUUAAAAGUAUUUUGUAAGGUGUUCCAAGACGAUGGCGCAGAGUAUAUAAAGCAGAGUAUAUAAAAGCCCUUUUACCAAAUUCAGUUCGGACAUUUGGAACAGUUAGCAGGAUAACGUCCAGCGAACGAAGAGAGUACCCACCACAUUUAUGAACAAUAAAAAUAUCAAAAUAAAAAGGUAAUAAACCCAAAAUGGCUUUGUAAAUAAAAGUAUACCAGUGACUGAGCCUACGAGUGACUAGAGAAGGCCAGCCAACCCUGGUAUACAAAGUGCAGUGGUGCGUAAGGGUUUUGCAGUUUAAAAUAAAUCUCAAAGUACCAUGGUAAAGAGUGUCAAUUGAUCUCAAACACUGAGCGGAAGCAUUCAUAUAUAAAAUAUCUGUGAUAAAAUGCUGGGUUCGUUGUCUGAGUCAGGCGCAAGACACAGGUUUGAGAAAACACAGAAGUCUUUACUCAAAAUAUUAAAAAAUGGAAUAUCUCCAACAUGGAAACAUAAAGUCUAGAGAAACCCUCCAACACACACGGUAACACAAAACAAUCACGGACAAAACAGAAAGGUAGACGAGAGGGUAAAUAAGGAACAUAAUAAGGGAGUAGAAAUCAGGUGUGCGUAAUCAAGACAAAACAAAAGGAAAAAGGACACAUGGAUCGGUGAUGACUAGAAAUGCCGGUGACUUCGACCGCCGAACCCCGCCCGAACAAGGAGAGGAGCCGACCUCAGCCGAAGUCGUGACAAUGUAGCUGAUACUAGCCUCAUUCUGGCUUCAAAAGAAAAACAGGCCUUAUUCCUAAAAUAAAGUCCCAAUUUCAGCUUCAAUUUUUUUGUAAGUUGUUGAAUAUAUUACUCAAAGUAAUUUAUGGUAGAAUGGCCAGACGGAAGCCACUCCUGAGUAAAAGGCACACGACAGCCUGCUUGGAGUUUGCCAAAAGGCACCUAAAGAUUCUCAGACCAUGAGAAACAAUAUUCUCUGGUCUGAUAAAACCAAGAUUGGACUCUUUGGCCUGAAAGCCAAGCGUCACAUCUGGAGGAAACCUGGCACCAUCACUACGGUGAAGCGUGGUGGUGGCAGCAUCAUGCUGUGGGGAUGUUUUUCAGCGGCAGGGACUGGGAGAUUGUCAGAAUCUGUCAGAAUCUAGGCAAAGAUGAACGGAGCAAAGUAUAGAGAAAUCCCGGAUGAAAACCUGCACCAGAGCGCUCAGGACCUCAGACUUGGGCGAAGGUUCACCUUCCAACAGGAGAUUGACCCUAAGCACACAGCCAAGACAACGCAGGACAAGUCUCAAUGUCCUUGAGUGGCCCAUCCAAAGCCCGGACUUGAACCCGAUCGAACAUCUCUUGACCUGAUAAUAUCUGUGCAGAAACGCUCCCCAUCCAACCUGACAGAGCUUGAGAUGAUCUGUAAAGAAGAAUGGGAGAAACUCCCCAAAUACAGGUGUGCCAAGCUUGUAGCGUCAUACCCAAGAAGACUUGAUGCUGUAAUCGCUGCCAAAGGUGCUUCAACAAAGUACUGAGUAAAGGGUCUGAAUACUUAUGUAAAUGUGAUAUUUCUGUUUUUUUUUUGCAAAAAUGUCUAAAAAUUGGGUAUUUAUGGGGUAUUGUGUGUAGAUUGGUGAGGGGAAAAAACAAUUUAAUCAAUUUUAGAAUAAGGCUGUAACGUAACAAAAUGUGGAAAAAGUCAAGGGGUCUGAAUACUUUCUGAAAACACUGUAUGCAUUCACAUGACACCUGACAUUCAUUUCCAAACCCCUUGUUCUAUUUUGACACAGAUUGGGUCAGUUAAAUGAAAACAAACACAUUCUUUGCAAAGGUUUAUGUCAAUGGAAACAAAUGUCGGAUAAUGUCUCGCGUCGAAUAAAACUGAGCACUUACAAAGGCGUUUUGCAAACAGUGAUAUAUAGUACCAGUCAAAAGUUUAGACACACUUACUCAGCAUUUUUUUUCUUUAUUUUUACUAUUUUCUACAUUGUAGAAUAAUAGUGAAGACAUCAAAACUAUGAAAUAACACAUAUGGAAACAUGUAGUAACGAAAAACGUUUUAAACAAAUCAACAUAUAUUUUAGAUUCUUCUAAGUAGCCACCCUUUGCCUUGAUGACAGCUUUGAACACUCCUGGCUGAGGUGCUGCUACUCUAAUGAACUUAUCCUCUGCAGCAGAGGUAACUCUAGGUCUUCCUUUCCUGUGGCGGUCCUCAUGAUAACCAGUUUCAUCAUUUUUGGUUACAUGAUUCCAUGUGUUAUUUCAUAGUUAUGAUGUCUUCACUAGUAUUCUACAAUGUAGAAAAUAGUACAAAUAAAGAAAAACCCUUGAAUGAGUAGUUGUGUCCAAACAUUUGACUGGUACUGUAUAUAUUCCAUUAAAUGGAUUUCCAAAAUGUGCCAGACAAUAUUUGCCCUUAUACGGAAAAUAAAUCGAUUUAAAAAAAAUCUGGGUGUGUUCUGGUGACAUCCAAAGAGCAUCUUAAAGGGUCAAUAUGCAGUUGCUACAUACAUUCUUGGACGUAUAAAGGUAUUCUAUGUCCCCAUUGAUUCUUGAAGAAUAUAACUUAGAAAUGCUUCAUAAGUUUAGGUCAACUUUCAUACCGCAUCAGAACCCAAAAUAUAAGCUUGUUUUACACCAAUGUUUGUAAACAAGGUAAAUGUAAACGAACACUGUAUACCCUUAAAACAAUGGUUAAAACUAUCCUUUUGAUAUCAUGGGUGGUCAGUCGUUGCAUCUAUAGCCCGGUCUAUGAAUUUGAGAGUUGUUACAUUUCUCCAGCCCCAUCCCUCAACGUUUUACCGAAACAGUGGCGGGGAAUACAUUUUGUUAUUGUUUCAACUGCGGAUUGUCCCUUUAAAGCACUUUCAGGCUUUGUGGUUUUGACUCCAAAUGUUUCCACCUUUUCCAAUGGAAAUGCAAAAGCAUUGCUUGAGGCAGCUAAGAGUAUUGACUGUGUCUAAUCGAAAGUCUGUUUUUUUGUUGUUAUAUUUUUGUUCAAUGCAAGUAUACAGGGUCAAACUAUAAAAGAGUCAUUUAAGCAGAAACCAAUUGGAACAAUGUGGACCAUUCGUUUUGUCAGGUUGUUUCUCUCAGAGGAAUGAUGAAACAAACUAAAGUGCACCAAAAUGUAAAAAAGGAAGGAAUGUUUGUUUUGUCCAGAUCAUUUCAAUCAUUGUUUAUGGUUAAUCGAAUCAAGAUCAUAUGGGUUAUAAUGACCAGACACUAAUUCAAUCAACUGAACUGUUCACAUCAACAGAACAUUUCACCCACCGGUUUUCCUUGCGGCCAGGUAGCACAGAUGGAAGCUUUGCACCUAUGUGAGCCAAGUCAAGAUUCAUUAGGAAAGCAAGCUAACAUUAGCUAGUGUGCCAGCUUUACGGUAUUGCUUGGCACGGCCCUCGAUAGGCAUACGCAAAACUAUCGCGAUGAGUAUUACAACUGUCAUUUACAGUCAUGCCAGCGUUUGUCAAGUAACUUCCAAUGGUUCUCCUAAUACAAGCACCUGUUAGCUAGGGUGCUAAUAACAGAGAGUAAUGCUUUUGUCACUAUAGUUCUAUAAUAAGUCACAACAGCUGAUGAUGGCUCUCAUGAUUGUGACCGAGUCAGGCAGGCCUUGACAGGGGGGCAUCAAGUUAAGUGUUGCCACGUUGGUAAUGUUGUUAGGUCUAUGUUACUUGAGUAGAACAUUUCUACUCCAAAUAUAGAGAAAUAUAUAGCGAGCUUACAUUUAUUGGAGGUUAAGUAUUUUGGUAUUUAUGUUGACUUCUAGUUUGUUAUAAUCUCACUUGUGUCACAUUCCAAAUCUUAUCAAGUCAACCUAAAGCUAACAGGACAAUAGUAUUUGAAAGUGGACCAAAAAGUGAACCAAUAUUAACCCCUAAGCCCACUACAUUCAGGAUAGAUUCAUCUUGAUUUUUCAACAGGUUUACAUUUAAUUACUGUAAAGUAUAGUCAGUAUGAAUUUGUUCAAAGGUACCAUACCAUAUAUAACUUCAUAUGAACUGGCAGUGUUACUGCAAGUGUUUCUUUCAUCAUGGUAUACACAGUAUUGUUUGUUGUAUUUUUACUGUAAUUAUACCUUCUGGUUGCUCAGGAUGGUACUAGUAGCUUGUAUUCUUCCAAGUUGCUUAAGAAAAGGUGCUAAGGUUAGAGGUUUAUUUGAGAUGGAGCUGAGAAUAUUGUUAAAUACAUUUAUAGUAUGUAAAAAAAUAAAAAACUAUAAUUCAAGCCACUGGCCUGGAAACAAACAUUUAUGCCAACAGACCCUGCCUCUUCAAUUUUAGUCUCUUCUGAGAAAAACUAUAGGGAAAUGUACAUGUUGCUGUAUUGUAAUGAUCCUCAUUCUAGUACCAUUUUCAUAAACUGUUGUUUUGGGUUAGAGUUUUGUACAGGUAUGUUUAUGUAUGAACUUAUUGUAAUGAUUUUAGUCUAUCCGAAUAUUGAUCAUUUGUUAUUAAUAUGAAUGUUUUCAGUUUACGUAUAAGCCUUAACUAUUUUAUCAUUGAACAACCAUUUUAUUUCCAUAUUCUGUAUUGUGUUCUUCAGUAUUCAGUCUAGUAAACAUUUUUAUUUUUCCGCAUGGAAUAUCCAAACUGUAAUCUGUAUAUUAAUGAAAUGUUAACCCAUAUUCUCUAUGAAAAGAUAUGAUGUGUAGAUUUAUUACACCUCUUUCUUUGUGAUUUCAUAUAAAGUUUAGACAACUUAAUAUGCACACAAGACUGAGAAGUAAAACUAAUAUCAAUGUUUUAAAAAAACUUUAUCUUUACCUUGUUUAAUAAACAGACAGUUAAACAAAAA